AUGGUGUCAAAUGGAACACCUCCUCCCCGACGCGAACAGCUUAGAUCGCCAUGGUCAACAAACCCUGCUGCGCCUUUAAAAUUCCCGCUUUGCAAACGCUUCGCUUGCCUCUGGGAGCAGGCGGAGGCGUCACGAUCUUGCACAGGAAGUAGUCGGUCUGCAGUGGCGAGAGGGGCGGAAGGAAGCGGGCGCUGCAUCGCUUGGCUUUGCACAGCUAGCACCAUCCUGCGAGAGCUGCCUCCGGACAUGGGCGAUGUGGUUGUUGCAAUCGCUCUGCCGCCCGCCCCUUCUAGGUUCCCGGUGCGCGCGAGGGAUUCGGCUCGCCUGCGACUUCUGUACCUGGAAGGGCAGGCCCGCAAAGCCUGA